AUGCCAGAAUCGAUAACCAAGCCAGUUAUGGGUCAAAAGCGUCCGCCAAGGAGUGCGGGAAGGCGCAGGCUCGAUGCACCCGAAGCUGUACUGUCCGAGGAUCGGCGAAGCCAAAUCCGCCGUGCUCAAAGAACGUAUAGAUUGAAGAAAGAAGCCAGUCUUCAACAGUCACAGAAAAAAGUGGCCUUCCUCGAACAUAAGAUGAAGAAAAUCGCAGAGUCGCUUGCAGACUACAGAGUUACUCUUCACUCUAGUCUAUCAGACACACAUUGCGAACUUCUUAGGGAUUUUGACAGUAUUCUGAGUCUUCUGACUUCGUCCGAGGAUUUUGUUCAGGGAACUAGCGUCGACAACAAUUCAUCAAGAGAAGCCUCUAAGAAGUCUACUCCACAACCACCCAAGAAUAUCCAGUGUGAUGACCAUUUCCUCAAUGGUACUAUGUCUGAUCAUCAUCAAGCCACUGCCGAGCCAAGCUCCACAUACAUUGAUACAUCCCCGGAAACCGAGGUCAACCCGUAUCAAGAAAACGGGGAGAGGGUCCUUUGUCAGUCCCCACCUGCCACGCAGGAAUGGAGGGGAUUGGAUCAUGACCAACCUAUUGUGCAAAUCAUCGAUCGAUUUGGUGGAGCCAAUGUUCCCGAUUCAUAUUCAUUCCUGGAAAGUUCCUUCACUCGAAGACUCAAACGAUCCAGCCUGGAGCACGCCUUUCGAAUAUUUAAUGAUACACGCUCUGAUCCGCUUGAAGUCUUCCGAGUAUUCAGACUUGUCCCGUGUUUCAGGGAUAGGGCAAAAAUGCACCCUUACUUUAGGGACCUUGUCACUUCUGGACGAGGGAGCUCACUGGAGAUUUCUACAUUGCCAUUUUAUUGUAUUGGGGGAGCUGGAACACAUUAUACAACGAAAGAUGAAAAAGGGAAUCCCAUCUACCCCCCAAAGAUGAGGCUCCCUCGAAGAAUACUCGGUACCCUACCUAUGCCUGGAAUUUCCGGUGACUCGAAUUCCGUCCAUCAGGCUCAGAGUAAUCUUGAGCUUUCUGGGUUCGGCGGUCAGUGGUUCGAUUGCCGGGAUGUGGAAGGAUAUCUUAGAGAGCAAGGUGUGGACUUGGACGGACCUAGUUUGUUUCCCACCGUGAAUAAUCUAGCACCGAGCCCCAGCCAAUGUGAGCCUGAAUCUGGUUUAUUGGACACUCAACGCAUCUCAUUUUUCGAGCAGCAGACUGUUGAGAAAUGGGAAACCCUACUUGUCUACCGAAUGCUUACCAGUGAAACAGAACGAACGUUUCAAGUGUCCGUUGACGAAAUGGUGGACGCCACUGGCUUGCUCUGUACACUAUGGAGCAGAUAUCGGGUGACGAUUGCUAUUGCUUCCAUCAGCUAUAUAGCAUUGGUUGGCCUUCUUCGAUACCGCCGCAUGGCGAAGAUUGAGGCCCCAUUCGCACCCGGCAAGAAAAACUUGUCAAAAAUGACAGUCAAAGAAGCACACGCUAUCCUAAGCCAGUUACAAGAGCUCGAGUUUCCAUAUGCUUUUGCUAAAGCUCGCAAACUUGCUCUAUUGAAGGCUGGAGGUAUCCCGACUAUGUCCAAACUCUUCGCUGUUACAGGCCAAAACAAUAAGCGUAAUUCGGGAAAGCGCGCUGUUGAUACGGAAAUCCUGUUGCGCGAGGUGCAGUCUAAACCAAGGGAUUCUGAUCGAUAUUCAUCAGCUGUGGCCAGGAUGAAUUUUCUGGGCGUUUUUAGACAUGCUCGUUACCGUCGCGCCAACAAAAUCACGGAUAAUGAUCUUCUCCAUACUCUGGGAGACGGACUUGCCGAGAUCCUGAAUGUUGUUGAAACAGAGGAAUGGCGCAAGCUUACUGAUGUUGAAAAAUGUGCUCUCGGUAUCUUUCACAAAAACCUGGGAGAAGACAUGGGUAUCCCCUUCGAUGUGCUUCCUUCAAACGCCGAUGGAUGGCAAAAUGGCCUGCACUUUGCAAUUGAAUUGAGAGACUGGACAAUCCAGUACGAAGAAGAAGUGGCAAAGCCCACGGCGACGAACGAUCAAUACGUGCGAGUAUACGUUGAUUCCGCAUUGUCGUCGCUCCCUGGGUUCAUACGAACAAGCGUGCGGAAGAUGCUGGGUAAUGACUUGGACGAUGUUAUGAGAACGAGCCUUUGUCUUGAGUCCCCCGGUCCAGUCCUCUGGUUCCUACUGGCCCUCAUCCGAGAAGGACGAAAACUAUUUCUUCGAUAUCUUGCACUUCCACGCUCUUCGUCCAGUGCUGUUAAGCUAGUACAGGACACGCCAAACCAAGAAACACAUCUAUAUAACUUUCAGAGAAAGACUCUGCAGCCUUGGUAUGUUAAACCGACUUUCUUGUCAAAAUGGGGACUCGGCGCGAUGCUUGUUAGAGCACUGGGAGGAAAGGUGCCUGGGGCGCGAGGAGACCGGUAUCAACCAGGAGGAUACGACUUGAUGACGAUCGGGCCGGAUCCACAGAAGGAGCAUGGGGCGGCGGAGAUGAGAUCCGAUAUCGAGAUAAUCAAAGCGAGAGGUGUGGCUACAUGUCCCUUCUCACAGGCAAAGGCAAAGUCGGGUCACUUUGAGUGA